CUGACUUUAGUUUUCAGUUUUGGGGCUAACCUCACACCGAACAGAUCACAGUACAAAAUUUUCGGUUAAAUAAAUUUAUUUUUAUUUUUCCUGUUCCUCCUUUUCGUUUCGGCCCCUCGGUCUUCGUCCUUUUGGCAAUUUAAACCGAGAUGCCUUGCAACGACGAUGGCGAUAAACCCUUCAAUCCCUUCUACAUUGGACCACAUCCCAGCAAGGCCUGUGCCACAGCCGAACCGCCAGGCCAGAAGUGCUCACCGUGCUCUCCGAGUAGUGGUCAACAGAAGCAGGCAGCCGGUGCCAACACAGAGCCAACUACGACAGGAGCAGGAGGGCCAGGAACCUCAGCUGUGGGCUCAGGACCAGCAGUAGGCGGCGCCAACGAUGAUCCAACGUGUCAGCUGAACAAGCCAGUAAGUGCGAACGAAUCAGGGACUACAAGCUUAACGCAUGAGAAUAAUCAUGGAGUGGCAGGAGGAAUCGGAGCCGGAGCUGGAAUCGGCGCUUCUAUGGCUGGUAGCUCCAAUGUGGCUGGCGGUCUUUUAAUUGUUGGCAUGGCUGGGCCAACAGGCGGUGUCGCUACCAUUUAUAGCACUGGUCAAAUACCAAUCGGAUCAGCAAUGCCGACGAAUGCUCUCGCUCCAUCCAAUGACCCGGCCCAACCAAUGCAAGCGGCACAGGCGAAAAAACCAACAAAAGACGAUUCCCAAUCCCAACAAAAACAGCAGCAACAACAGGGUGAACAGAAACCCUGCCGCACAUAUCCAUGUAUGGAGAGGAGUGGCCAACGCGAUGGAGGAUGCUAAAAAUUUUGCAGUACCCUACACAGUACAACACCACACAAAAUAGCCCCAAAAUAAAACACAUUUUUAUUUAAA